ACAGAGCCAUGUUCAACACGCGAUGCUAACAUACGAUCGGUUCACAGCGGAUUUUAGAGAAACUGGCUUUUAUGACGCAAUGGAGAAGCAGAAAAGUAAUUAUUUUAACAAAAUAGUGUAUAGACGACAUUUCUCAAGAAAACAAACCUUGGAUUUUAUGUUUUUCUUUACAUUAUCUUUGAUUCUUGUUACAUCAACUUCAUAUUUAGUUUAUAUUAAUCAGGGCCUGAGUUUAAACUAUUUUGAAUAUCCGCUUAAUGUGGAUUUGUACGUGAUAUAUGAAAAUGAGUUCAAAAUGAUGAACAACAAGGCAUCGGUUAAACCUAUAAAUCCUGUUAAAUUUAACGCAAUUCUCCAACCAAUACAUUCUUGUAAAUUGUCCAAUGAAUCUGAUGCUUCACCAGAUCUAGUUAUUUUUGUCAAAUCAGCAUUGUUACACUUCGAAUCACGUAAUAAUAUACGCCAAUCUUGGGGUAAUUCAAACUGUUUCCGUUAUUUCGGAGUGCGUGCUCGAACUCUUUUUAUUCUCGGUAGAUCAGGUUCCGCCGAUUGGGAGCAUUCCAGUACUCAAAAUCUGGUAUUACAGGAACAUUUAAAGCAUAACGAUAUAGUUCAGUUUGAUUUCAUUGAGGACUAUCAUAAUGUUACGUAUAAGCUGAUAGCGACAUUAGACUUUGGUAUCAAUGAAUGUUCCUCUCCUCGAUUUUUCACUUUGAUUGACGACGAUUUCAUAUUGCAUCCGUCUAAUUUGCUUCGGACACUUGCUGAAGUUACUGAAACUCAGUAUUUGAACUAUAUAGCUGGUGAUGUGUUGCGUAUCUCCAAACCGAUGAGGUUCCCGUUCAAUAAAUGGUAUAUAUCCUACUCAGACUAUCCAUACAGUUUGUAUCCACCCUUUCCUACUGGCGGAACUAUUAUUCUUAGCAUGCCUGUUGCAAAGCUUCUUUCCGUUGGUCUGAGAUAUACCAAAUUACUUCCUUUUGAAGAUGUUGUAAUCGGCCUUGUAUUAUAUAAACUGGGUAUUAGCCCUGUACAUUUGGAUGGUGUUCUUGCAGUUCGUCAACCAGACGAUCAUAUUGGUGAUCUCAUAAGUAUUCAUGGGUAUGGUGAUAGUUCCUUUUCUUUAUCUAGUUGGAAUAAGCUUGGUUUACAGACUAUUUGCAACGAGUAGCUUGUUUUCUUGGUUGCUUCCUUGUUAUUGUUUGUAUAUUCAAUAUGUCACAGUUUGUUAACGUUAUGUUAACCUUGGAGAAUUUCUAGUCAACUAAUAUUCACUUUUUGAUUUGCUGAUAACUUCUUUGAAAGUGAAGUUACUUAGUUACUAGUAAAAAUGUCACACCUAAAGUUUCGCAUGCUGUUUGUUACUCAACUUGCCAAAUAACUAAUCACAAACUAUCUAACUGUAAUGUAAAUAUUUAUAAAACUCUCAUCUUGUAAAUAAGUCGUAACUACAUAUGUUUCAUUUCAAAUUAAAAGUAACUUGCUAUAAAA